AUGAGUAUGAAUAAAGAAGAGGUAAAGAUAACUAAAUUGGUUAUUAUAGGAAAUAGCAGAGAUGGAAAAAGUUCAUUAGGUAAUUUUAUAUUAAAGAAAAAUGCCUUUGUUGUAAGUGAUAAAUUAUGCCCAGAAAAUAAAGGAGUUAAAGGAAGUUAUGGAGGUUUAGAUAGAAAUAAUGUAUUUGUUAUUGAUACGCCAGGAGUUCAAGAAUCAGAAGAAAUGAAUAAAAAAUGGAUAAACCAAAUGAUUGAUUCUAUUAAAAAAGAAAGAGAACUACAUGGAAUAAUAAUUGUAUUUAAUUAUAACCAAGACAGAUUUCCAAAGGGUAGCAAGGAAAUGAUUAAAAGGAUUUACAAUGGAAUUUCAAAACCAGAAUUUUGGCAACAUCUAUGCAUCAUAUUGACAAAUUGUUAUUGUUAUAUUCCUGAAAAGGUAAUAGAAAAGAAAAUAAGUAAGAAAAGAGAAGAGUAUCAAAAAGAAAUAAUGAAACUUGUUAUAGAAACAACAGGAAAUGAAGAAUCUAUUGAAUUUCCAAUGUAUUUUGUUGAUUCACAACCAGAAGAAGGAGAAGAUAAUACUAGAUCAGAAGCAGAAAUAAAAAAGUUUUUAG